AUGUCGGCACAGCCCAGCUUUUUGAUGAGAGGCCAGUUGCAUCACAACAUCGACAAGCCGGGGGUACCGCUUCCUACUUUGCGCGAGCUGGGACUAGACAAAUUUCUGACCAAGGCCGAUAACCGCGAUUCGCAGCAAGACCUGGAAGAGAAUGAGAGCCCAGCUAUGAUCCAUUCGGGCUCUCAGGCUCGGCCCCAGCGAGAUGAGCCAAGUUAUUCGCGACCUUACUCUUCGUCCGCGACUUACAACGAACUAGACAAAGCAUGCAACAGCAACUACCCUGGCAGCGGAAGAUCGUGGGGUUUGAUAUACCAAAAGUCCACCAGAGGCAGGGACCCGUCCGCCUCAUCGCUCGAGCCUGCCGCACAGGGUUUCGGCAAGUGGCAGAGGGAACAAUCACCGGACUGCGGCGCGAAGAGAGUUCUCAAUUACACCACAGAGCGCGUCAUCUCCUCCGCAAAAUCAAGCGAGGUCGUGGAGAGCAAGACGCUAUGA